AGCAUGGACACGGAGGGCUUCACGUCGCGCGCGUGGCUGGGCCACUGGGUCUCGGGCGAGGAGGAGCCCGUGAACAACUACUACGAGGACCACAAGCUCAUGGAGGGCGCGCUCAUCAAGCUGGGCGACUACGCGCACUUCCGCUACUUCCUGCUGUUCCGCAACGGCCGCUUCUGCUACUACGAGCUGCCGAUGCCCGCGGCGGCGCCCGGCGGCGGGCCCGAGGGGCCCCGCAGAGUGCACCUGACGCUCACGUCCAAGCACCUGCGCGGCGUCAUGAUGCUCAACGCGUCCGUGAACGCCAAGGACCUGGCCAAGAGCGAGGACGAGUACGACGCCGACCUCAUCAAGCGCGGGCUCGUGUUCAACCGCAAGAAGCUGGAGAUGCAGCUCACAGGCUACUCGCCCACGGGGCAGCUCAUGAGCUGGAAGCUGCGCGCGGGCAAGGACGCCGUGUACCUCAAGUGGGAGCGCGCCUUCCGCCUCGCGCUGCGCCCCAUCUGGGUGCAGAACUCCAAGUGCUGCAUGGUCUGCAAGAAGGAGUUCAGCUUCUUCAUCCGCCCGCACCACUGCCGCAAGUGCGGCACGUGCAUGUGCGACGAGUGCUCGGUGUUCGUGCCGAGACUGCCCAUGCAAGGCUACUACGACGAAGUGCGCAUCUGUCGGGACUGUUCGCCCAUCAAGAUCCAGAAGUCGUCGCUCAAGGUGGGCACGCGCGUCCUGGUGUACGGCAUUUUGGUCGGCCGAGUUGUGCAGGUCGACGCUGCGGACGACUCCGUAGACGGCAGUGCGUUCGUGAACGUGGAGCUGGUCAAGAAGGACAACCAGAUGCGCAGGUUUGCGCUGGAGCACGUGGAGCUCUACUCUGACGCGGUUCUGUCGGCCAACCGCAUCAAGAACGCGAUCCGCCAGCACUUGUCGUACGCGGUCUUCAGGACGCAGCUCAACUUCAACACAUGGAACCUGCUGGAGACCGUUCAGGAGCAGCGCACAGUGCAGAUGGUGCGAAUACUCAACAAGUCCACGAGUAUCAACGAAUUGCACUCAAUGGUGCCGAUGCUCGGCUCGUUAGACACAAUGCAGUUCCCCGACGACGAUGUAUCAGGAAAGGACCGAGUGAAGGAGUCGCUCUCGCACUACCGCGGCGUCCAUGUGUCGUUCCCGUUGCGGCUCGACACAGUGAAGAAACUCAUCAACCAGUUCCGCAAUGGCAUCUUGCUGCACCGCGUGUUCGUCCGCCAGAUCCUGGACGAGUCGGAGAAGCUGUUUCGAAAGAUGCACGAGUCGCCCAUGAAUGACAUCGAGAUCCCCAUGGGUGUGCAGUUGGUUGUAGUGGGCGACCUCCACGGGCAGUUGGAGGAUUUACUUACGAUCAUGGACAAGAACGGAGUGCCUAGCAGCAAAACGUGGUACCUCUUCAACGGCGACUUCGUGGAUCGUGGAUCACAUGGCAUCGAGGUCAUUCUGCUUCUGCUAAUAUUCAAGCUGCUGUACCCCGAUUUCGUGUUUUUGAACCGCGGCAACCACGAAGAGCGCAUGAUUAACGAGGUGUUCGGCUUUGAGGACGAAGUGUACACCAAGUACGGCACGGACAAUGACGAGGUGGCCGGAUGGAGCGGUCUGGGUACGUCGAUGAACUAUUCACCGAUGAAGCUGUUCCAGAUGUUCGAGACGGUCUUCGGCCUGUUCCCGAUUUUCGCUCUACUCAACAAACGUGUUUUCAUUGUGCAUGGCGGGCUGAGUAACCACGAAAACGUGACGAUCGAGGAGCUUCUCCAGCUUGACCACAGACGUGAAAUCCCUACGCAAGGCACGAGCCGGGCUGACGAAGUGUUCACGCAUCUAUUGUGGAGCGACCCGCGCGAUGAAGAUGGCUGGAAGCCGUCAAGUCGCGGAGCUGGUGUGGAGUUCGGACCGGAUAUCACGAAAGCAUUUUGUGCGCAAAAUGGGAUCAGCCUCAUCAUUCGGUCGCACGAAUGCCGAGAAGAAGGUUUCGAUAUCGUCCACGAUGGUUUGCUGUUGACAGUAUUUUCGGCGUCGAGCUACUGCGGUUCCCAGACCAACAAGGGUGCGUAUGUCCAGCUUGAACUGGGCGAAGACAACGAAGUGAAGCCGCACGUGGUGCAAUUCUCCUCCCAACCGCUUCAGAAGCUCAAGGAUGCUGGAAGAAACGAGUGGCGAAAGAAAGCUCAGCGGUUGGAGCGCAGAACAUUGAUGUCUCUUGUGGAGAUCAUUUGCGAAAAGAAGAAUGCGCUGCUUUCUGCAUUCAACGAGUUGGAUACGACGGGAUCUGGGCGCGUUACGAAACUGGAGUGGAAGGCAACUUUACAGAAGGUUUUAGGCAUCCAGGCGAGCUUCCUCUCCUACUUUCACCAACUGGCCGAAGAAGAUCAGCAAGGUGGCGUUGACUACCAGAAGUUCCUGAAUCGAUACACGGUUGAACUGGACGGAGGCAAUGUGGAGUGGAGACGGAACCUGAUCCGCAAGGUGUGGGUGGGCUUCUGCCAAGCGCUACCUCGUCCUUCCGAGACGGAUUCGGAGAAAAUGACGCUACAGGACAAGCUGCACUUUGCCUUCAAUCUCUUCCAGUCGCCGCCUGCGGGAGCCGCCAAGAAGGAACUGGUUACGAAACCCACCUCGAAACCCGACGAAAAUGGCUCAGUUAUUCCAACCAACGGAGACGGCAAGUUCCAGCCGAAGGAGAGCUACCUGCGCAACGGACUGGUCACGUACGAGGUGUUCCGGAACACCAUUCAAGGCAAGCUGCAGCUUGGCGACACGCUUUCAGAGCAGCAGAUUUUCGAGCUGAUGCAGCACCUGGACCAGAAUCACGACGGCGUGGUGGACUACCAGGAGUUCUGUUCCUUCUUCGCCGAGUUCAGCCGCGCUGACUAUCUGCAGGAGCUCUUCGAGGUGGACGACACAAAGGCCAUAUCGCUUCUGAACCGCUGCGCCACGUUGCUGCAGAAUCCCAACAAGUUCAACUCGCUACGAGAUGCGUUCGACGCGUUUGACCACAGCAAGACAGGAAAGCUCUCGGUGGACGACAUCUUGAAGGGGACGCAUGAGCUGAACAUGGUGCCGGAGCUGGACAAUGAAGAGGCGCAGCUGCUGUUCAACUCGAUCCUUCUCAGCUACUACGGCAUCAACCAGCGGCAUCAGUGGGAUACGCGGGGCUUGGACUGGGUCGUGUUCGAGGACACGUUCUCACCUGACAGCACCUUCCAGCGGCGCCUGUGGCUGGCGAGUCUCGGCGCGUCCAACACGAACUUGGCCGCGCUAGACGUCCGUGACUCGUUGUCCGGUGAUGAUGACAUCGCGCAGGAGGGGCAGGCGUCGAAGAACCAGGCGUGGGCGGACACGUUCGUGGACAGCGUCAAGCAGUCGCUGCACGAGCAGCGGCUGUACAUCAAGUUCCUGUUCCGGAUACUGGACCGCAAGCGCCACGGGUACGUCACGAAGGAGCAGUUCGUGGCCACGAUGCAGGCCAUCAACGAGGAGCACGGCGCGCCGCUGAAGCUCUCGCAGCUGGAGCAGCUCGCUGACGCCUUCGCGCACCACACGACCGUGCGGCGUCCGUCGAACGCGGGGGAGGAGACGGAGGAGACGCGGACGUACGUCUCGUAUCCGGAGUUCCUUCGCAGCCUGCGCAUCAUUGACUCGGGCCCGACGGACGGUGGCGGCCUCUCUCCUGAGGUGCAAGACGCCACCGACGCAAGUAGCGGCGAGUAGGCAGCAG